AUGGCCUCGAGAUCUGCCCAACGUAAACCAUAUAGCCGUCCUGCAGCGCGAGCUGAUGGUCAAUGGUUACACGACAAAGCUCCGACGGGCCCUGCAAAAGGAAGGGUGGCUAUCAAUCGCGUAGCUCCUCCACCAACGGGCCCAGCGGCAGCAGCGGCGGCAGGCAUCAACAACAAGCUGCUAGUCUCCAACUUGCACUACGAAAUCACCCCGAAGGACCUUACUUCUGUGUUUGGGCAAAUAGGCACGCUCAUUCGCGAGCCUCUACUUAGGUACGACCGCAGCGGCCGUUCAAGUGGUACAGCAAUCAUCUCGUUCGAAACGGCCCUCGAAGCAACGCGCGCGAAGAAGCAAUUUGACGGAUAUUUGGCGAAGGGCCAGCCGAUGUCUAUCGCAUUCGACACGACACCUCCGCCUCGUGCACCUCGUGCAUCUCGCCGGGCAGUCAGCGCUCCGACAACGAAGUCCCUCCUCAACAGGAUAGAGAAGCCACCGCUCGCAGAACGCCUCGCGCCAGCAGAUGAUUCAGCCAUCAAAACACCCUCGGCUCCACGUGCGUUCACUGGAGCAGUCAGGACUAAAGCUGGCCGUGGAUCGGCAUCCCGCGGCCCAGCAUCGACGGCUACUGGGCGUGCGCCGAAAGGUCCCAAGAAACCUAAAACGGCUGAAGAACUCGACAAGGAGUUGGACGCUUUCAUGGGCGACGCUGAUCCCGCCGACACGAAUACAGCUGCCACUUCCACCAUCGAACCCACCAAAGACGUAGACAUGGUUUAG